AUGUCGGAGCACAUCACAUUCUACGCGGAACGAGACACUAGUGCACAGCCGUUCUUUCUCUGCAGAUCUAAAAACACACAUAGAAACCCUAAUCCUCUAACUUCCAUCUCAAACAUACAGACAUCAACAAUCAAUCACUCCAUACCCUUCCUCUCGUGCUCCUCUCUGUCUCGUUACAGCCAGCCGGCGACUAACUGGCCGUUGUCGGCUGUUCUCCUCCUGCACCCCCCUUCAUCAGUUAGAGAUGAACACCACCACCACCAUCGGGUGGUGGUGAGCGACGGAUGGAUCGAGAAACCGAGGAGAGAGGGAGAGAAAUCUGAGAGAUCGAGAGUGAAAGAGAGACCGGAGGAGGGUGGUGAUGGCGACAGCCGACGCCGUCUGCGGAGGAGCGAUGGAGGAGACAACGACGACGGUGAGUUACUUUCCAACAUAUUUCUGAUAUUGAAGAUGGUGGUAGUGGUGCGACACCACUGUCGGAGACCUCUGGCCGGCAUCGGCGGCGGAGGUGGGUACUAUAUUCAGCAGGUUCGGUGUCGGGUCAGAUUACGUGUUCCGGUUUUGCGAGUCAAGUCUCGGGUUUGGACAACUUCGGUCAACGCUGGUCAACAGGAGUCAAGGGCAGUCAACAGCAGUCAACGGGUUGGUUUCGGGACAAACCCGGUCAGCCACGGUCGAAAUCAGUCAACGCAGUCAAGACUCGGUCAACUCAGUUCAGUUUGGUCAACUCGGAUUUUGGGUUGGUUUAACUCGGUCAAACCGAGUCAAACUCGGUUAACGACAGUCAACUCGAAGAUCCGGAAUGCUUUAGUUGCACGCUAGCUAAUUCACGAUUCUUGGAACGGCACUACGGAAUCACACUUUAAGAUAGCUUUGCACAGGAAUAUCCAGGUAGCAUUUUCAAAACUACGGAACGGUUGGAAUAGGAGAACCCACGGGAUUUCGAGUACUUAGUGGGCGUUCACUGUUUAGAAGUCUUAGUCUUUUGCUUCCGCUGUGCAAUGAAGAUACCGGUCCAGUCACGCCAAGCUCUGAUAUUUCGGGGUGUGACACUUUAAAAGGGGGAGAAAAGACAAAAAUUCUAGAUCUUAACCGAAAAAUCUGACUAGAUUUUGAUUUUGGAUGAAAAGGACAACAAAAUUGAAAUUACAGGGAUCCAGAUUUAAAAGGUUUGAGUUUUGGACUAAAGUGACAAAAGUGACCAAACCUCAGGGACCAUUUUGGCAGUUUACUCUAAAAAUGGUAAAGAAUAGUUUAAUUUGAUACUUGAAAACCAGUUUACUUCAAUGCUUUGAAAACACUUUUAAUAUUAUUAGAUCCGUGUAAUACACUAGUUUAAGGAUAAAAUAUCUUCAAGUUUGAUGCAAGUCUAUACUCACCGGAUGUCUUAAAUGGAGUUAUAUUUUUAGGCUUGUCAGUGUUCCGGUGACGUUAUCAUGAAAGAUAUUGAUCGAAAUAAUGGUUUAUGUAAUGGAACUCGACUACAGGUCCUAGGUUAUUGGGUACUCAUAUUAUCUUAUCUGGAAGUAAUAUUGGCACUCGAACGGUUAUCCCUA